AUGACGGAGAAGCAAGAGAAAUCCCUCUAUGACAUCCGCCAUGCAACCGAGGACUUCUCUGACCCUCCUCCCGCAUACUCAGCCCGGCCUUACUCGGCUGCAUCUUCCGAAGCAUCCUUAUUGACGGUGGAGCCAGACUUUGCGCCUGAUUUCACAAAUGAAUCGAACAAAGGAGGAAACGUUGCUAGCUUUGACGAUUUCAACACCAACGUGGGCCUGGGAUCUCGCACGUCGGCGUUCAUUCAGGCUUUUAUGCGACCGAAGGUGCAACCACGGAUGGUUAAUCUCGGGUUAGGAGAGAAUGACACUUCUGUCUCCGAGAUUCGAGAUGGCUCCGCAGCUGCGCCUAUGGACAUUGUCAUCAUGGUUGUUGGGGAGGCCAUCGAACCUUUUAUCCUCAUUGCAAAAAAGCUGCUUUCGGAAUCACAUCGGGUUCGGAUCGCCGCGCAUGCAUCAUGCGAAGCAAUAGUGAGGAGUCAGGGACUUGACUUCUUCCCUAUCAGUCACGAUUCAAUUCACCCCAUGAGCAUCGUCCACAGCGGAGGCUUAGAUGGUAAAGCUGAGCAUCUGCGUCACCUAAGACAUUCACUUUUCGAAAGCUACCACGGGAGUUGGAGGGCAUGCAUUGCGUCAUAUAGGCGCGAACCUCGACCGUUUCUGGCCGAUGCGAUCAUCGCGACCCCGUUGGCACACGCGCAUAUACAUUGUGCCGAGCGCCUUUCAAUACCGUUGCAUAUCAUGUCGACGGCACUGUGGAAUGCAACAAAAGAAUUCCCUCAUCCUCUGUCUCAUGUAGAGGGGUGUGAAGAGGUGGAUGAGAAAACCUCGAAUCUCCUCUCUUAUGCACUUGUUGAGGAAUCUAUAUGGAAUGUAAUCAUAGAGCCUAUCAACCGGUUUCGACAACAAAUCCUGGGUUUCCAGGGCAUUUCUUCGGCUAUUGGUGGAAGACUCGUGAUCAACCAGGAGGUUCCUCAAACAUACCUCUGUUCAGGAGUGGUUCUUUCUAGACCGAAGGACUGGAGCAACAUAAUAGGUAUCCCAUUAAUUUUCUCACCGAAUGCCAUCCAAAACGCUGUCACAAAGCAAGGCUUCCGUGUCAUUCUGUCGCCAGGCUGUCGAGAUCCGAGAACAUUUCUCAUGGUCAGUAUUAAAGACGAACUCAUAUUGAUCUUGACUAAUGUGGACACAGAGUGGCUUCUACCCAGAGUCUCCGUCGUUGUCCAUCAUGGAAACUCAGAUGACAUCGCCUUGGCAUUGAGGCAUGGGAAGCCGAGUGUGGUUCUCCCACACUCAGGGGACCAACUAUCGCGUGGUAUUGCAAUCUCCAAACUCGGAGCCGCAGCAGCACCUCUUAUGAGCAAUAUGCUCUCCUCGGAUUCCCUUUCUCAAGCAGUGGCAUUUGGCCUACGACCAGACGUUCAACAAUCUACCCAAGCAGCCCAAAGUCGCGUCAUCGAGGAGAAUGGUUUGAACACUGCCAUCCAGUCCUUCUACCGCUGGCUACCGUCACACGUCCAGAUAUGUAGCAUCACACAGCAAGAUCUUGCCAUGUACCAAAUCUGGAACAAACCAUCUCUCAGGGUAUCUCCUGAAGCAGCUGCAAUUCUAUUAGAAGAGCGACUCAUAAGAAAGUCUGAUAUUGUUCUCAUCCCUCGCAGGUCCUACAGCAUCGAACUCGAUAAGUUAAGCGCUCUCCAAGGAACCGCAAGAGAUUACUGGGAUGGUGUCAGCCACGCAGCAAAAAGCAUUGCUACCUCCUCAGAUUUAGUCAGUAUGUUACCAGGGCUACAACUAAAGGCAAGCUCCUCGUCAGACGAAACGGGGAACAAGUCCAAGGAGAAGCGCAAUAUAGCCAAGGAUGUUGGUAUCGGCACGGCAAAAAUUUUCGGACAUAUUGCCCUACUACCUUUCACAAUCAAUUCGGUCGCAUACGGAGUCAAAGCUGCCGCGGGAGAUACUCCACCUCACACAUCAGGUCCGUCAAAAUCUCUUGCAGCAGAACAAUCAACGCCCGGUCAAACUGCAAAAAACGGGCCCCCCUCUUCGCGGUCAAAUGCCAGUCAGAUCCAGGCUCGGGAUGAUGAACAUGUGCAGGCAAUUUGUCGUCGACAUCUUGAGCGGGGAUAUAAGAGUCCGAAACUCAGGCAUCCAGAGUUUAAGAAAAUGGUUCUUGAUAGAUUCAAUACUCUGUCUGGUGGUUAUUAA